AGUACAGUCAUUGAUAUCAAAUCAAUGGAGAUGAAAUAUUUCAAUAUGAAACGAGCAGUUUUCGAGAGUUAUUAUAUUAUUGUGCCUCUCCUGCUCGGUCAGAAAAGUAUUGUCUUCUUCCAACAUCAACUUCUUUCGUUUCUUUCAAGACCUUCACGCAACUUCAUCCAAUUUUAAGACUUUGAUAGACAAGAUGCAUAUUCCUAAAUUGUUAGAGUUCUCCACUUACCUCGGUUUGAGUUAUGGUGCUUGCGAUACAAACGUCACAAUAUCAGGGCUAGGAAGAACUGGCGAUGGACAGCCGGCUCUCGAUCGCCCAAUCGGUCUCUUUUCUUUUGGAGGAUCAAAAUGCUCUCCAGAGACCACAGUUCAAACCCAAGACAUCACUUAUAGCCAGAUCAGUAUCCGCAGUUCUUCGAGAUCCGAUUGGUACAGCUACUAUGGAUUCCCGACUUUUGACUUAUCCGCGCACUGCGAUAUUCAAAGUUCCGGGGUUCCUCUGCGAGAAUUCGUCCAAACAGGACAUUUUAUAUGGACCUUAAUCCCCGAGCAAAAAAUCACAAACAUUGUUUGCGAAACUACUCCUCAUACCAUGGUCAACUUCAUCGGCCGCGAGAAAGAUGGAACACAACUUUUCCGCAUGGAAAAAGUGGUUGGAAAUUCAGAGCUGGGAUUCAGAUUUGACUCAGAGUCUCUAACCACUAUUCAUCAACUGGAAUCUACCUACCCAUACUUCAGCUCUUGCAAAGUAUCAAACGGAGAGAAUAAAUUCUCGUUCACGAGAACCGAUCGUGGCAUUCACACUAUUCAUCCCCCACAAUCUAAGCUCAAGAUUUCGUGUCCGGAUUUGGCUUCGUAUCCGUGGAAAGGAACGUCGAUGCCAAAAUUGUAUGUUCAAGGUUCGUGAUUAUUAUGGGAUCCGGGAGUUAUGUGGAGUUUGGUUUGGCUUGGAUGAGAUAUCCAAAUUACUGUAGGGUUAUAUAAUUUUUACGUUCUGGAUGUAUUUAUAAGGUAGAUGUGAGAUGAGAAGAAGAUAUUAACUCUCUCACGAUUUAAGUAGUUAACCGAUAUCCCUACAUCGUGCACGUCCCUGUAUCGUGCACACUUUUUUAGCUUUCAAAAACA